AUGACGGACCUCAAGGCGAGCGCCAUGAUCCAGAUGACGGACUUCAAGGAGAACUUCAUGGCGCGAGCAAAGGAGAUCGUCGCCAAGGCCAAGGAGCGCCUCGAGGAGUCGGCCAGCGUGCCCCCCGCCGGGGAUUGGCGGCUUUCUCAGGCCGACCGCUUGCUUGCGGAAAGGCCCUCGCCGCUGAUGCGGGUGGAGAGGUUUUGGCGCGACAGCGGGCUGCAGAAGAUCUGGCUCAGCAUCGUGACCUGCAACAGCGACGGGCGGCUGGAGCAGGCGAGGCGGAAAUGGGAGGAGGCCUCCUCGCGCCAGACGGAGCAGGCAGUCGCAGCAGCGCUUGAGCAGGCCGAGGGCGAGAAGCGCCGGGCGAUCUCGGAUGCGCUCGCCGGCAGCAAGGCGCAGCAGGCCAAAUCCGUCUCCGAAGCCAUCAAGAGCGCCCGUGUCGAGGCCGAGGCCCAGCAGCGGUCGCUGCACAAGGACCUGACAGAGGCCAGGUCGUCCAAGGAUGCGGCGGUCAAACAGGCAAUCGCGGAUGCCGAGGCGGAGAAGGAGCGGCUGCGAGCGGAGGCGCGGGCGGCGGAGGCCAAAUCGACAACCUCCGUCAUGGAGGCACUCGCCGAGGCCGAGGCGAGGCAGGCCCGGGCGGUGUCGCUCGCGGUCUCUGCGGCGACCAGGGCGAGCACAAACAAGUCGCUUGAGGAGGAAAAGACAGCGAUUCUGACGGAGGCGCGCCGCGAGGCUCUGGCCUUGCAGGCAAAAGCGAUCGCCGACGAGCGCGAGAAGGCCAAGCAGGAGCAGGCCAAGGCGGUGUGGGCGGCGCUCGCCGAGGCCAAGCAGGAGAAGGCCAGGGCGGUGAACGAUGCGAUAGAGCAGGGGAAGAGGUUGAGUCUGCGGGGCGAGGACCGCACCAGCUCGAGCGAGCAGCUCGUCGCCGCCGCGCGCGAGGAGGAGCGGCGGAAGAUGGAGGCAGCCAUAGCCGAGAGGCUAUCCGCAGAGCAGAGGAAAUCGGAGAGAAAAUCCGAGGCGGCUGCGAGAGCCGCGGCCGAGGCGGCGGCCGCUGCGGCUGCGGAGGAGGAGCGGAGGAAGGCGGCAGCCGCGAUCGAGGAGGCGAAGCGCGAGGCAGCGGAGGCCGAGCGGGCAAAGGCGGAGGACGACAAGGCCGCGGCGGUGCAGGCAGCGGUGUCCGAGCUAACGGCCGCCGCCAGGGCGGAGAUAAAUGUGCGGCUUGAGGCGGCGCAAGCGGAGGCUGAGGAGCGCCGGAGCGCCUCCGUCGCAGAAGAGGUGGCGGCUGCGCUGGCGGAGGCAAAGGCGCAGGCGGCAGAGGACAAGGCUGCCGCAGUGAGGGAGGCGAUAGCGACGGUCAAGGCGGCGAUGGAGGACGAGUCUGCGGACGAUGGCAGCUCUUCGGACGAAGAGAGGAUCGACUUCGACGUAUUCGAGCCGGUGGAUAGCGAGCCGUUGGCCGCCCGCGGACAAGACUUCAUCGAUGGCGUGGGGGCGCUGCUGAGCGAGAGCAAGGCGAAGGCUGCUGGAGAGGUGGGCACCUCCGCAAAUGCGAGCCACCAGCGCGUCCAUGACGCGCUCCGCGCUGCGCGACGCUUCUCGCAACACGUCAUCAUCUACUACGGGUUCCUGCGUAGCUACGAUGAGAACCGCAGGCUGGUGCAGCAGCUCCGUGCUCCGAACGUGCGCAUCGUGCAAUACCAGACCGAGCCCUUGGAAGCGGCCACUGCGUGCAAGCUGGCGCGCCGCAACAUGGACAAGUGCUGGGUCGCCGGCGUGGCCCAGGGCUCGCACGAUGUCUGGGACUAUUCGCCAGGCAACCUGCGCAACCUCCGCGCCGCGGUUGGCAAGCGCACGCGCCGCACGUUUCGCUACGUGCCUCUCGGCGCGUUACCCGACGAAGCUGCGCGGCCACAGGCCGUCCACACGGCCGAGCGGCCCCGGCUGACUUUCUUUGGGCAGACCAAAUGGUACCCGUCGCGACGCGCGCUGUGGAGCAACAUCACGCGUGCCCUCGGUGAGCGUGCGCAGCUCGUCUACUACGCCUUCGACGACACGCAGUUUGCGCGGCUGAUCACCGACGGGUGGGCUGGGCCCGAUAAGAGUCGCGAGAGCGUGCCGCCCAGCUCCAUCUUUCUCAACAUGCACAAGCACGCGCCCGAGUACGGUGCGGCCCCGGUCACGUUUCGCGCCGCCAAGCUGCUCGACGCGGGCGCGCUCAUCAUCUCCGUCCGCUGCCACCCCGAGGACGAGUCCGAAUUCCACGGGCUCGUCGAUUUCGUCGAUGAAGCUGACGUGGUGCCCGCCUUUACCCGGCUCGCCGACCUGAGCAACGUGUCUCGUCACGCUCUGGCCGCGAGGCGGCGCGCGAUGUUCCGCCGGCGCUUCACGCCGCGGAAAAUCUUCGAGCGCGCAGGGAUAUACGCUUGGUUUGACACACUCCUGCGUCCUGGGCGCUCCGACCCCGGCGCGCCAACCUGA